AUGGACGACAAAAAACCUUUUGUUAAAAGGCCUGACGUUCUGAGAAAGCUGAAUGCUGAAAACUUGCACUUUAUAGAAAGAGGUCUAUUGGGUGAUCUUCCCGAUAGGUUCAAACCUCAAGUUGUACCUGUAAGAGGAAAUUAUAAAGACUUAGUAGUUUCAAAACAACAAGGCUUUUUGUCUUCGUGUUUACCAGUUCCGGUCCUGGAUUCGCCGUGUUCUGAUAAAGGACCCUAUUUAAAUGAAGAACCAUGCGUCUCGCCCUUAAAGAAAACAUUCAGCUUCAGAGAAAAAAUGUCAAAAAUGAAUUUCUUCUCGAAAGACAGAACUGCAGACAAAAAAUGUAAAACGAUAGACGAAGAGGAUAAUCAAAUAGGAAAAGCAGAAAUAACCAAAGCAAAAUUAGCACAUGAAGAUAAAGUACACAAACGCUUUUGGUUCUUUAGAAAUAAAGAAUUGGUCGAAAAAAGGGAGAGAUCUGGUAGACCCUCUUAUAAACGCAGUAAGAGUUUUGAGUUUCUGCCUAGAGCGGCUGAACACGCAGAAUUAGAGAAUGGGAAGGUAAGGCUUGCUAAAAAUCAGUCUUACGCUUUCGGUAGCAGUGAUACAAUUAUUGAUUUUUGGUGUUCUAAUGAAAGUUUAGAUCAAUUAGCCAAUAUUUAUUACGACAAAGUGGACACUGUACACUUAAAAAGUAUCAGAGAAUUACGCCAAGAUUCUGAUCAAUGUUCCUGUACGUCGUCAUCAAGCGGACUUGUCGUCAAUAUCUUGAAAUCUGAUUCGGUCCAGGAUCUUCUUGAUGAGUUUGAUAAAACAGUAGAUAUGUUUAGUGAGAAUUACUUAAGUGAUUGUGAACCAUAUACAAAAUCUGAAUAUGUACUUUCUGUUAGAGAAAAACGUAAGAGUUCUUCAUUUAGUACGUUGCCCUCACCAAAAAUAGUGCAAGUGACAAAAGUGAAUAAAGUGGAUGACGGUUUCAAAGCUGAAUUGGCUAAGAGGUUAUCAGCUAGACAGAGUGUUGUUGAGAAAACGGCAAGGCGUGGUUCAGUUACGGAUUGGUUUGUAUUGGAAGAGAAUAAACCAACAUCAUUACUGUCAGAGACUUCAGCCACUACUGAGGCCAAUAAGUACCGGCGAGCCCAAAAGAAGCCAAUACAACGUGUAAGGAGAAUCAGUUCAACAAAAUAUGUAAGUAGAUAUGUUAGCUAA